AUAAGGAAGUAAAUGCUUUCGGAUCGGAGCUGGAGCCCCUCUUCUGCGGCUAAGUGAAAGUUUAACAAUCGACAGACCAAUAAACGAAUUCAGAGCACAUCGGCUUUGCUAAGGAAGCUGGCCGUCAAGCUAAUACAUCCUCUGAAUCUACAUGAAUCUUAAAACAAGACCUAGACAGGCAAGAAAAACAGAGGGGGAGAGGAAGACACAGACGAACUUACUCCACUGAUCCCCAGAAUUAUCAUCAGCCACCAUGGACCACAAAGGGGAACCCCGGGACGAAGCCAUGGGGGUGGAACAAGAGGAUCUGCCACAGAUGGACGGGUCAUGUGAUGCGUGUGAGCCUGAUGAGGCCCAACUAGCCACACAAGUUUGCCAUGUCUGCAGCUUUGCCUUCUGCCCAGUCCAUGCUGAGGAACACUCCAGCAGGACACAUCAUCCGCUAAUGCCUUAUAACCAUGAGGGGACACAAGCUAACGGACUUGGCACCGAUAGAGACUCCAGAGUUGGAGGUGAAACUGACGAUGAGGCUGGUGUGGAGAGGGCAGCUGGAAUGGGCGCAAAUCCGAAGAUGGCACCACCUGGAGCGGCAGUGGCUAAUGGGGAUGAGAACGGUGAUGCAGAGGAAAGAGAGGGAGCCCAGAAUGGUUUGCCGCUGGCGGCUGAGCUGGGUGACGGAGCUGAGGGUGCAGAAGCAGGGCAGGGGGCCAUGGCUGCUGGAGAGUCUGGGAAGAGGGACACCGUGACAGUAGAGAGACUGCGUUGCAGGGAGCAUGGGGAGGAAGGCUCCCUAUACUGUAAACCAGAUGAGAAGAUAAUCUGUGUGGUAUGUGCUGUGCAGGGUGAGCACAAGGAUCAUGAGAUCAUUACUCUGCAUGAGGCAUAUGUGUGGCAGAAGAGCAGGCAGGGUUACGACCUGCUGGGCUGUACACAACAGAUGGCUGAGAAGAUCAAGACCAAGUGGACCAACCCAGAGAUGUCCACAGAGGAGCUUGAGGCCUAUGUGAACCGCCAGUUCGAUGAGCUCCGCAAAUUGGUGCGUCUUGAGGAGAAGAGGACCCUUCACCUAGUAGACCUCAAAGAGGCGUUCCUGACAGCGUCGGCUGCGGAGAAAAUCGCGGAGAUCACUGUCCAAACCGAGCGGCUGCAGGAGGAGAUGGCUAACAUCACACACCAGCUAUGCCUGCUGGAACAAGCAGAGGCGCAGGCGAUAGGUCCAGCUGCAGUAGCAGAGGUCCUUGUAGCAGGGCCCGGACCAGCUCACAGAGUGCUGCACGACAUUGAGGCCAGGCCAAGGCUACCAGAGCCGAGGGCAGAUCCCAUGGACCCACGGGACUAUGAAGACAGUGAUUCUGGACCAUCCAUGGAUCACGCCCCCUGAUAACAACACAACAGAACUUUACUGCAUCCACCUGUCCUUCAGUGUCUUCUUCAGCCAGCCGUCAGUCCCAUCGAGCUGUCAGGCUGCCAUCUCCCUUUUACCACCCCACCCCUCCUGGUGCCUGCUGACAGUGAACUGACCUUGAAGAAGGCUGCUGUGACAAAUAUGGAUGGCCACGUCUUUUCUGCUCUCAAACUUUUUUUAAUUCCUCACUAGCUACUAACUUUCUUUAAUUGAAGCACACAAGUUAUGUGCAAUCAAUUACCAUCAGGCUCAAUUUCCACAGCCAGUCAGAUCCUUGGCUUACUGGUGAGCCCGGCUGACUCAGAGAAAGAAGCCUGGGUAGGCAGCCGAGCGCAGCAUCUGUUAAGCCCAACAGAUGUCAGGAACAGGAAAUUCUGUGACACGGUGCGCUUCACUCUUCAUUUAUUCGUGAUAUCGUUUUGGUUCUGUUGUUUUGACAAACACUGUGGACAGUCUCAGACAUGGAAAGGGAACAUUUUUCAGAUGCCACAAUGCCUUACAUCGUUGAGAGAAUAUAUUACAAAGGUGUUCUGGGUAUUAUGUUUUGAUUGUAAAAAAAAAAAAAAAAAAAAAAAAAAGGAAAGCUCAGUGUCUCUCAUGCUGUUGCCUUCACCCCUCCUUCCUCUUCAUCCUCUGCCCUACUCACUGAUUCUUUAUGCUUGUAGAUUUUUGCGCACUUCCUUUUGUGCUUGUCAGAUCUAUUAUCAGAAGCGGGGGACAUUUUGACACCUAUUGAUUGGUGGAUGUUGCUGAGUCUUUGUUAGGUGAAAAUCGAACUGUAAUUUGACUGUGCAAAAUAGCACUCCCUGCAGUAUCAGCUUUCUGUGUACUGUAAUGUAAAGGCUCAUUACUCCUGGCCAAUCUGCGGCGUAUGACAGAUUGCCAUCCAGACAGGCAUAUGCACUUUCUACCUUGACCCGCUCAGCCAUAGCUUUCAUUCAUGAAGUACCACCGCAGGUCUGUCUGUAUCAGCAGUUUGUUCUAAUUUGAUUGAUUCUGUUGCCAAAAUUGAAAGCAGUGUCACCCAUAAUAUGUGGGACAUGUUUGACAACAACAUGACUUCACUACUGUAGCACUACACGAAGAUGCACUGAGAGUUACCCAAGGGAAAUGUUGGCGUGUCAACAACCUAUUGAAAUAACUCCAGCAACUCAUUCUUUAUUCUAUUGCAACAACAGACAGGAGUCUGAGUGUCUGAAGUUUCCUCUUGUUUUUAUUUGUCUAUUUUUGUCUAAAAUCUAAAAAUAAAUUGUUCUGUUUCUUAGA